GCCACCGCGACUCGAACACGUCUGCGCUGCAUCUUUGCAAUCUAUAUCAACGCCUUCCCGCCAUGUGUAACCGGUAGGAACGCCGCGACCGCAACUUCCCAUGCGCGACAUCCUCCCCGGACGGCCGCAGGCAAAGCUGCAAGCUGUCACACACGGAUUAUGGGAAAACCAGCAGGUCAUUGCCUACAUCUCAGGCAAUGCGCUGAUCAUCCUUGAUGCGCCGAACCAUGUCCUCCAGACAACCUACAUCGACGAGGAAUCGGAGCUCGAAGCUGUUGCCCUCGACGAGAACACAGGCAAGCUCGCUGCUUGUUCGACGCGAAACAUAUACAUAUACCAGCCGUACGGGCAAGAUGAGGGCGCUGUCAAGUGGUCGCUGCAGGGUACCAUGUCGCUGCCCGACGCCGACGACUCGAUAACGACGCUGUCGUGGGGCAUGCCCGACGAAUUGCUCGCCGGCAGUGCAUCCCUGACGUUGUUCAGCACCCGCGGCACGCCCGAGCAGACAUGGACAAAGCAGCUGGCGAACCCGGUCAAGUUCGCCCACUUCUCAGCAGACGCCGAGAUGAUUGCUUCGACCGGCAGAUACGACAGGCUGCUGAAGGUGUGGCGGCGCAUCUCUUUUGGCUCGGCGGACCAGCGCUUCGACUACUUCUACCUCCCGCAUCCAAACGCCAUCACCGGCAUACACUGGCGCAAGCCGUUCCACAAGGACCAGACGGCCGACAAUGUCCUGUACACUAUCUGCGCCGACUACAAGGUACGGAUAUGGACCAGCGACCAUCACGGGAUAGACGGACUGGGGUUGUGGAACGAGGUGGACUUGAUGGGAUCGAUCCAGCCGCGGUCGCUGGACCAGCAAUCGGACAAGAGAUAUGCCUUCUUCAUUGAUGGGCGGGACUUUACACAUGCGACAGAAAGAGCCGUGGAGCAGGCUACAACUGUGGAGAAGGACCAGAUGGCGCUGCACCAUCUCGUCGAGGUUGCCAAUCGCAACCCCGAGAUAUGCGUGGUCUUGGACGACCGUGGCAACAUGUCGGCGUGGGGCUUCGAGAAUGUUGGCUCCAAAGUGAAGAAAGUGACGGACGUGUUCAAUGUCGCCCAUAUGGAGGGGCUGCACCUACACUUUGCCAGUGGCGCUAGCGGCCUGCAGGAUAAUGUUCAAUUCUACGCGUUCUGCCACAAUAAACCAGACUCGGUCUUUACUGUCCUCUCGCAUCAUUUUGACGGCCGGCUAGAAUGGCUGCAGUCCCGGAUCGAUCACUUCUUUGAUCCCUCGCCCUCCCAGAAGAAUCGGAUUGAGCGUAAAGCUACCUGGACCGGUCACUCUCAUGCUAUCAAGAAGGUCAACCGCACAGCCAGUGGUCGAGCCCUAGUUUCGCGAACAGUCACGGACGAAUGCGUCGUUUGGGUACAGCGACCGGCCAGAAUUGGCAUGACGUUGCAUCGCCAUAGCACCGUCAGUGUAAAGGAACACAUCCACCGAACAGCGCUGCUUCAGGACGGUAACUUCCUAGUGUUCCUUCACCACGACCACAUCGCUCUUUGGGACACGAGAGGCCCUAUGGCUGUCGAGAUUAACCGCCUUGAGUAUAAGCUGCGAGGCAAACCUCUCUGUUUGAUAGUAGUGCCAGAAACGCAACUCGGGAGCCAUCUGGUGCACAUAGCUACGAUCAGUUCGGAGAUGAAGAGCAUUUGCUGGGAGGUACGGCUCCCAAUGCCUGACAAAGAACUAACUACAGGCCGCACGUCUUCGUAUAUAAAUGGCCACACAAAUGGGCAUCCAGAAGCCGGAAUCGAAGAGUACUCUACCUUUGAUCUAGGAUCUGGCGAUGACCUCGCUUUUGUCCUACCCGUUGACCCUGCAGGCUCGGCUCCAGUCAUCUCCGGCUUUCUUGAUACCUUUGCCCGCGAUAUCGCCAUUUCUUACACCAAGUCGGGAGUCAUAAGGUCAUGGACAGCAAGGGUGAACAAGGGUCAGCAUCAACUCGAAUGGCUAGAGACAUCGACUGUGGAUACCAGUGUCGAAAACCCCUCACUUGCGAGCGGUACCUCAAUACGGAAAGCGGCCCUUGUAGAUGCAGAGCAGACCACGCUCACGAUCUGGAACACAAGAAGCGCGCAGCUAGAAUAUCAAGAAACCUUCGAAGGCAACGGCAGCAUCCAGGAUCUCGAUUGGUCUUCAACGCCAGACAAUCAGUCCAUUCUUGCUGUCGGCUUCCCACACCGCGUUGUGAUCUAUGCGCAAUUGAGGUACGAUUAUUUGAAUGCCGGGCCUUCGUGGGUGCAGAUCCGCGAUGUACGCAUUCGAGACAUAACACCCCAUCCCAUCGGCGAUUCGGUAUGGCUGGGUAGCGGAAAUCUCGUCAUCGGUGCUGGCAACCAGCUCUUCAUCCAGGAUGAGCACGUCCAAGUCUCGGAAGGCUUGUUUCCCAGUCUUCGCAUGAUCUCACGCAAGAAAGCCUCCAUUGACAUCUUUACUGCUGUCAGCAGGCUCAAUGGGCCUUUGCCUGUCUAUCACCCACAGCUGCUGUCGCAAUGCGUUCUGGCCGGAAAGCUGCUGCUGGUGCAGCGGAUCUUGAUACGACUUUUUCAGAAACUGAAGUUCUGGACCGAAGGGGAGGAGCUUGAGAGUUCGCUAGGCUGCUCACCGGAAGAGUUCUCGGAAGAUGCUGAGACGCAAAUGACGACCUCACGCCGGGACAUAAACUCGUCGUACGCCGAUUUCUCAGACGAUGGAGAACCCCAGGCAGUCACUGAGGAGGUCGCCGUUCAGCUCAAUGAACUCGUCCAAACGAAACAAAUACCACUUCUUUCAAGCCGCGAGCAAUUUCUCUUGGCCGACAUCAUAGAAUGCGUGGGCAUGGUGGAGAAACACCGCCGUUCGAUCGAUGACAAUGCUGGUCGCUUCCUUCUCUUUUUCCGUGCACGCGCUUUGAGCGAUGCACAAGCCCCGAUCUCGUGGCGAGAGAUCAUUUGGGCGUUCCACUCACAGAGCCAGGACAUCUUGUUGGAUUUGGUCUCGCGGCAUUUCAAUGGGAAGAUGCUUUGGCCGCACGCGAAGGAGAGUGGCGUCUUCAUGUGGAUGUCCGAUCUCACGGCAUUGCGUGCACAAUUCGAGGUAGUUGCUCGCAACGAAUACACCAAGACAGACGAAAAGAAUCCCGUGGAUUGCGCGCUCUACUAUCUUGCCCUCAAGAAGAAGCCUGUCCUACUCGGCCUGUGGCGAAUGGCCACUUGGAGCAGAGAGCAACCUGCAACCCAUCGCCUGCUCUCCAACAACUUUAACGAAGAGCGGUGGAAAACCGCCGCCUUGAAGAAUGCCUACGCACUGAUGGGCAAGCGCCGCUUCGAAUACGCAGCCUCCUUCUUCCUCCUCGCAGACCAUCUCCAAGACGCCAUGAACGUCUUGCACAACCAGUUAGGUGACACCCAGCUAGCCAUCGCAGUGGGCCGCGUCUACGGCGGCGACGACUCCCCCGUCCUCCUCAAAUUCCUCCGCGAGAAGAUUCUCCCACAAGCAGCCCGAGACGGCAACCGCUGGCUUGCAACUUGGGCGUUCUGGCUCCUCAACCGGCGAGACAACGCCGUGCGCUGUCUGGUAACUCCCCUCUCGACGCUGCUCAGUCCGCCCGAAACGCCAAACUUGCAGAGUAAGAGCUACCUCACCGAUGACCCGGCGCUGGUCGUGCUGUACAAGCAGCUCCGCGAAAAGAGUCUGCAAACGCUGCGCGGCGCAUCUAUGGUUGGCAUGAGGGAAGAGUGGGAUUUUGUGCUGCACACUGCGGGCUUGUACGAGCGCAUGGGCUGCGAUCUCCUCGCCCUCGAUCUUGUCAAAACAUGGGAGUUUCUCACACCCCCGCCCGCGUCUCUCAAAGUCGCCAACCGACCGCCCCUUAGCCCCGCGCUCCCGCGCACAUCUUUCCACGCGCGUAAUGCGAAUCAAUCUUCGGCCGACUUCGACUUUGAUCCUCGGAAGUUGCUGAGGAGGAGGAGUUCGCUCGUCGUUGCGGAUUUGCCGACGAGGGAGCAUGUGGCGAAUGCCUUAACGGAGAGCAAAGGCACGAUUGACGAAGUGGGUGAUGAGAGUGAGGAGGACGAGGAGGAGUUGGGUGGAGGGAAGAAAGAGGGCGGGAAAGAGGAUGGGAGGGACAAGGCUGGAAGGGAGGGAAGGAGGGAGACGAAGAAGCCACCGCCGCCGACGCAGUUUCAGGAGCCGGAGGCUAGUAGUUUGUUGGAUGCUUUUGGGUUUUAGAUGGUAAAAUUGGUGGGCGAAGAUGAGGGUGAGGAAAGUAUAUGUAUGGUUUCCUGUAGCGUAGCAUGGGAUGGAUUUGUGCAUAGCAUGGUGCUGUGGGCGUUGGGAGAGGGUGGAAGUAGAUAUCGUUCGCACAGCAACGCAAUGAGGCCGCCCGUAGCCUGAUCGACCGUUAAAAAAUGUGGACGAAUGGCGAG